AUGGCCUUUAUCACGCUUGCCAGUAACGACUCGUACGCCCUUGGAGCACUCGUUUGGGCCGCAUCUCUUCGUCGAGUGGGCACCACCAAAGACAUUGCCAUCCUGGUCACCAACGGGGUCUCCGAUUCGCUAAGAAACGUACUUCCGAAGUUUUUCAACCACAUCGAGCUGGUGAAUGUGCUGGAAAGUCCUGAUCCCAGUAUUCUGGAAGCCUUGAAAAGGCCGGAGCUUAACAUUACUCUAACAAAACUGCACUGCUGGAAACUGACUCAAUACAGCAAAUGUGUUUUCAUGGAUGCGGACACGCUUGUGGUUAAGAAUAUUGACGAACUUUUUGAGAAGGAAGAGCUUUCCGCAGUGUCUGACAUUGGCUGGCCUGAUUGCUUCAACAGUGGAGUGUUUGUUUUCGUGCCUUCUCAGCAAACAUUUGCCAACUUGACAAGUCUGGCUGCCAAAGAAGGAGGAAGCUUUGAUGGCGGAGAUCAAGGCCUUUUGAACACCUACUUUUCAGACUGGGCAACUCGUGACAUCAAUCGUCAUCUUUCAUUCAUUUACAAUAUGCAGUUUGCCUCUUGUUCGUAUUCCUACGCUCCUGCUUUUAAAAGGUUCGGUGAUAAGGUAAAGGUGAUACACUUCUUGGGUUCAGUCAAGCCGUGGCACUACACCGGCAGUGAACAUGCCAAUGAAUUCAUCAAAAAAUGGUGGUCAAUGUAUUUCAGUGAGGUUCACCCUAAAAUUGAAAGCUUAAGUGACGUUGGCUCACUGAGCAGCACCAUUCAAAGCAUGUCUAUUCAGGCGGCGGCGGAUGAAUCGUCGGUGGUCGAUGAUCGCUCCGCCAGCUCGGCAAACUGGCAAGGCCAGAAUGUGCCCUUUGAGGUGAUUCAAAAGAAGCUGGACGCAUCAAUCCAAAAGCCCUAA